UUUGGGUGGGUGAAAGUAUUUUCCCAUGUUUUAAGUGAGUAGAGUAUAUCAUCUUUCACAAGCUGCCAGAAUCAAACAGAGCGAUUGGUUUGGAAUAAAAGUAGAAAAUGAAGCUCAACGAAUAUUGGAGCUGAAUGACACAGCAGCAGCUGUAAGUUCCAGAGAUGAGGCAGAAAGAAGAAGAGAGGAAGGACGGCGGCGUUGUGGUGGUGAAACCGAAGCCAAGUAAAGGCAUUGCUUCCAAGGCCGUGGACUAUUUGGAAUGGGUUUUUGUGAAGCUAAUGCGUGGUCCCAAAAAGCCCCUUCAUUAUCUUUCUGGUAAUUUUGCUCCCGUUGAUGAAACUCCUCCUCUUCAGGACCUUCCUGUUAAAGGGCACCUCCCUGAGUGUUUGAAUGGUGAAUUUGUGAGGGUUGGUCCCAACCCAAAAUUUGCUCCGGUUGCUGGAUAUCAUUGGUUUGAUGGAGAUGGAAUGAUUCAUGGUAUGCGCAUAAAAGAUGGAAAAGCAACAUAUGUUUCUCGUUAUGUGAGGACAUCACGCAUUAAACAAGAAGAGUAUUAUGAUGGGGCUAAGUUUAUGAAGAUUGGAGAUCUGAGAGGGAUGUUUGGAUUAGUCAUGGUAAACAUGCAAAUGCUUAGAGAAAAACUCAAAGUAUUGGAUAUGUCCUAUGGACAUGGUACAGCUAAUACUGCUCUAGUAUAUCACCAUGGAAAGCUUUUGGCACUCCAUGAGGGAGAUAAACCAUAUGCAAUAAAAGUUCUAGAAGAUGGAGAUCUGCAAACCAUUGGCAUGCUGGACUACGAUAAAAGAUUGACACAUACAUUUACUGCUCAUCCUAAGGUUGACCCGUUCACCGGGGAAAUGUUUACAUUUGGCUAUUCACAAACGCCACCAUAUCUCACAUACAGAGUUAUAUCAAAGGAUGGGCUAAUGCAUGAUCCAGUACCAAUAACAAUAUCCGGCCCUGUAAUGAUGCAUGAUUUUGCCAUUACUGAAAAUUACGCAAUUUUUAUGGAUCUCCCUUUAUAUUUCAGGCCAAAGGAGAUGGUAAAGGAAAAGAAGUUAAUAUAUUCUUUCGAUGGCACAAAAAAAGCUCGUUUUGGUAUCCUUCCACGAUAUGCAAAGAAUGAGCUACUAAUCACAUGGUUUGAGCUUCCAAAUUGCUUCAUAUUCCACAAUGCUAAUGCUUGGGAAGAAGGAGAUGAAGUUGUCCUCAUCAGUUGUCGUCUUGAGAAUCCAGAUCUUGACAUGGUUAAUAGCAGUGUAAAAGAAAGGCUCGAGAAUCUCACCAAUGAACUGUAUGAGAUGAGGUUCAACUUGAAAAAUGGACUAGCUUUGCAGAAAAAAUUAUCUGCUCCAGCUGUAGAUUUUCCGAGGGUGAAUGAAAACUUCACUGGCAGGAAACAGCAGUAUGUAUAUGGAACAAUACUAGAUACUAUUGCUAGGGUAAGUGGGAUUAUCAAAUUUGAUUUACACAAGGAAAUGGAGAUUGGAAAAUCAAAGCUUGAAGUAGGAGGAAAUGUUGAAGGUAUUUUUUAUUUGGGACCUGGAAGAUUUGGUUCAGAAGCCAUCUUUAUUCCUCGGCAGCCUAGUACCACUUCUGAAGAAGAUGAUGGCUACUUGAUAUUCUUCGCACAUGAUGAGAACACUGGAAAGUCAGCGGUUAAUGUAAUUGAUGCAAAAACGAUGUCACCUGAUCCCGUUGCUGUUGUUGAACUGCCCAAGAGAGUUCCGUAUGGAUUUCACGCAUUCUUUGUGACAGAGGAACAACUUCAAGAACAGGCAAAGCUUUGAUAAUUGAAAGGCGGGUAUGAUGAUCACAAGUGCUACCAAUAUAUGAAUUUAUGUGAUAUGUAGUAUCACUUUUACAGUCAAAAAGGAAAAGAGAAGGAAAGAAAGAUGUAUAGUGUACCUUCUAAUAGCAUUUUAUAUUUUCUAGUGGAAAUCAUAUUGAUUCAUGUUUAAAUUUUCUUCUCUCUUAUUUAUUUCUUAAGAUUCAUUUGAACUUAUUUUUCAUUACUGCAUUUAAUUUGUACAACUAGUUUCUUUUGAACUUUGCA